AUGGGGUCAUCAUCAAACAUUCAGCAUAGAGGCACAUCCUAUGAUUUCCUUUUCAAGCUACUAGUAAUCGGGGAGCCUUCGGUGGGAAAGUCAUCGCUUUUGCUGCGCUUCGCUGAAAACAUCUUCAGCCACUCUUACACGUCCACAAUAGGAGUGGAUUUUUGGGACACCGCUGGUCAGGAGCGAUUUCGAACACUCGUUUCCAGCUACUAUCGUGGUGCACACGGAAUUCUUAUCGUUUUCGAUAUCACGAAUGAGAAGACAUUUGACUGCUUACCGUAUUGGUUGCGAACCAUCGAGAAGCUUGCUAGUGAAAAUGUGGUAAAACUACUAGUAGGCAAUAAAUGUGAUCUCGUCUCCGGAAGAGAAGUCAGCCAUGAAGAUGUUAAGGCUUUUCUGAAAAUCGCUCGAGAAAUCAAGGACCUUGUCGCUCCAACACCCUACCUAGCAUCGAUCAGCAACUCCAUACGACUUCAGGAAGCCCUGCCUGUGGAUGACAGUUCUUCCGACACUUGGUGGUACUGUUAA